CGACGUCAUCACGCAGCGCGGUGACGUCGCGCGGCGCCCCGCCCCCCCCUGGCCGAGCGGAGCCGCGGCGGCCGCUGCGGGCUGAGAGAAAAUGGCGGCGCCGGGCGAGUGCUUCAGCGUGGGCAGCCAGGUGUCGUGCCGCACCUGCCAGGAGCAGCGCCUGCAGGGCGAGGUCGUCGCCUUCGAUUACCCCAGCAAGAUGCUGGCGCUCAAAUGCCCUUCUUCCAGUGGAAAGCCCAACCACGCAGAUAUCCUGCUUGUAAACUUACAGUAUGUUUCAGAAGUGGAAAUAAUUAACGACCGCACGGAAACCCCUCCUCCUUUAGCUUCACUCAAUGUUAGCAAGCUCGCCAACAAAGCGCGGAUGGAGAAGGAGGAGAAGCUGAGCCAGGCGUACGCCAUCAGCGCAGGGGUCUCUCUGGAGGGACAGCAGCUCUUCCAGACCAUCCACAAGACCAUUAAGGACUGUAAAUGGCAGGAGAAGAACAUAGUUGUGAUGGAAGAAGUCGUCAUCGCCCCCCCAUACCAAGUGGAGAACUGUAAAGGCAAAGAGGGCAGCGCGCUGGGGCACGUACGCAAAAUA